UUCUAAAGGGACUUACACAACUUUGAACAAGCUUGCAUAAUAUUAGAUAAUCCAGUGUAUUGGCCCGAUCUUUUUUUUCCGGCGAAAUAAAAUAUGACUUUCCCUCGGUCACUGGGCGAUGAAGCAAUGAAUAUACUUGUGACUGUAGUAAUUUAAUUAAACAUUUAAUUAUUUUUCUUACAACUCCCUCCUCCAUCCCAAUAGGUGGCGGUAGUUUAAUGUCAACGGCAAGUAUUUGCAGGAAAAGACAGACCGAAUAGUGUUUGUAUUCACGUAUUUUGAAUUAUUUUAUGAAUACAAAAAAAAUUUAAACGCAUAACUAUAAACGAUAUUUACAACUACUAAUCAAACAAAAUGUCACCGAACGAGGUUGUAGACGGUUGAAUCAAAAAGAAGAAGAAGAAGGCGGUUGCCUAGCGACCAGUGGAAAUGUAGCGUCGGCUAGCAGGCUAGGCUAACUGCUAGCACAUGUGAUUAAUAAACAGCGACAAACAUGCCACUAAAAAGAAGAGGGCCUCUGCAGCUCGCCCAGAGAGAAGUGGACGAAAUCAAAAAACAGGUGGAAAGUUUAGUGAAAGAUGUGGAGAGCCAGGUCGGAUCCACCGAAGACACAUUUCGGAGAUGUCAAGAACUGCAAAUGUCGGCAGAGAAGAUGGUUAAGACAAUUAAGAAGCUGACAAAGGCUGAUGAGCUGGCUCCGGUGGGGAACUAUGAUCAGAGGAAACAGGAAGAGGAGAGACGGCUUCAAAACAUUAUGGAGCGUCUGAACACGCUCUCUCUGCAGCUUUCACCACCAGGGCCAAGCGCCACAGCAGGCGAUGUUUCACGCGAAGAUAGCGUUGAUGAAGAUGAUGAUGAAGACAACAGUGAUGAUGAUUCUGAUGAAGAUGAAAAGAAAGCUGUGAAGCCACCUCCUCAGUCAGACUCUCGCAUCUACACCGCCCUCAGCGAUUUCAAAGGAGAGCAGGAAGGAGAUCUGUCUGUUCGGAGAGGGGAGGUGUUGAGGGUUAUCAGGAAGUCAGCAGAUGGAUGGUGGCUGGCUCAGGACACUAAAGGCAACAGAGGAGUCGUUCCCAAAACCUUCCUAAAGAUUGGCUCUGGUCUUGACGAUGAAGACAGUGAAGAUGAAGAUGAGGACGAUGAGGACGAGGAGUCGGAGGAGGAAGAGGAUCAGGAUAGCGCAGAGCUGACCAAUGACCGAGACAAACAGAGUGCUUCACAUUCUAACUGGUCUACCGUCAGAAAGGCUCUGACUGAGAUUGAUGCAACAGAUGUGCUGUCCGCCAUGGGAGCUAUUCCUUCAGGAUUCAGACCAUCAACUCUCAAUAAACUGCUGGUGGAGGAAGGUGUAACAUAUAGAGGAAGUCACUAUAUUCAGCCUGAGCUCAGCCAAUCACAGCUCUCCUUUAAAGACCUCUUCCUUGACGCAGACACUGGCAGGGUUCGUGCCCGUCAGGUCCAAACCUGUGUUUGUUUCACAUUGUGGAGCUGCAGGAUGAUUCCUACUCCCGGGGUUGGAGUUCAAGUCCUCAGCAGACACGUCCGCCUCUGUGCCUUUGAUGGAACUCAGGUUUUGAGUAACAUCCACACAGUGAGGGCAGCUUACAACCCCAAGAGCCCCAAGACCUGGAGCUUCUCUCCGAGGAUGACAGGUAUCCUGCCCACCCUCAUGGAUGGAGACUGUUUCCUACGCUGUAACUCUACAUCCCCCGACUUCGGUAUCCUCUUUGAACUAGGAGUCACUUUUAUACGGAUCUCAACAGGUGAGAGAGGAGACCUGAGCUGUGGCUGGGCUUUCCUCAAACUGACUGAUGAUACUGGGAAUUCACUCUCAAACAGGACCUAUGAGCUGCCAGUGAACGGAGGCACGCCUUAUGAGAGGGACGUAGCGUUGGAAGCAUCAGCCACUAGAGGAUCUCCAGCCAGUGUUUUCCAGCAGAUGCUCCAGGCCAGGCGGCAUCCCAAACUGAUCGUCAAACUGAAGUCGGUGAACAGUCGAACCAGAACGCAGCUCAGUAUCCUUCCAGAUACUCUACUGCACUGCCUUAGCUGUGUCCACCUGCUGGCUCUGCACAGGCAGCUGCUCGCCGACACUCUGCUCAUGGACAGACCCACCAUGCAGAAUGCCGAUCUGAUAUGCAGUCCUAUACUCUCAACCUUUCCUGUACUGUUGGAGCAGACUGACCUGCUGGACGCUCUCAGGAGUGCCUGGCUGGAUGCUGAGAGCAACAUGAGCAGAGCACAGAAGAGAGACCUGUCCUAUCUGAAGCAGGAGUUUGGUAAAGUCUACAUGUCAUCCGUCUACUUCCUCCUCCACUCGCCCUCGCUGCCCGGACACCGCUGGGCAGACCCUGCCUCGGAGGAGCAGCGGGCCAGAGUCAUCUACGCCACCUUGGAAGCUCUCAAACACAACCAGCACACUACCGGCCAAUCAGGAGGUCCGGAGAUCUUUGCCGACCCCGCACACACACACCUCGCUUUUGACGUCGCAGAGUUGACCUUUGACCUUCUCAGAGUGGCACGGUGACAUGAGUUAAAUGUAAUUCAUAAAAAAUUUCAGAUUCUUAUGUAUGCCAUGAAUACACGUUUGGAAGAUUUCUAUAAUGCGUAAAUGAUAAAGAUGCCAAUAUUCAUUAUGUUUGUCCAUUAAAAGACCAAACCCAGCA